AUGCAACUCAUGAUUGUUCUAUCCCUUGCCUUCCUAGCAGCAUGCCUCGUCUACUCAAGGUGGAAACCACGUAGCAACGGCAAGUCCCCUCCGGGGCCUCCUCGUCUUCCGAUCAUCGGAAACAUGCUCCAACUCGGCAAAAACCCCCACAAGUCCCUCGCCCGCCUGUCCAAAAUAUACGGCCCCUUGAUGUCCCUCAAGCUCGGCAACCAGCUCGCCGCGGUCGUCUCCUCGCCCGAACUAGCCAAAGAAGUGCUCCACAAACAAGGCCGUGUCUUCUCGAAGCCCUUCCCUCCGAACGCGGUCUCCGUGCUCGGCCACAACGAGGUCUCGAUGAACUUGCUCCCCUCCAGCUCCGAGCUAUGGAAGAAACUGCGGCGAGUAGCAAGAGAGAAGCUCUUCUCCAACGCAGCUCUCCAAGCCAGCCAAGAAAUCCGGCAGGAGAGGCUGCGAAAGCUCGUCGAAUACAUCAGCAAGUGCAGCGGAGAGGGCCGAGCAAUGAACGUCGGAGAAGCCACCUUCACCACCAUGACAAAUCUCAUGUUUGCUACCCUUUUCUCCAUCGAACUCGACGAGUUCGCCUCUACCGAUGCUGCUACCCCUAAAUUGGAAUUCAGGGAGCAUGUUAAUGCCAUCACGAGAUACAUGGGCGUUCCAAAUCUGGCCGAUUUCUUCCCCAUCUUUGCUCCUUUGGAUCCGCAAGGGAUGAGGCGAAAUCUCACUUAUCACCUCAGGAGUCUGCUCGAGUUGGUGCAGGGUUUCAUCGAUGAGCGGUUGCAGGCAAGAACGACGUCGUCUUACCGGAAGAAGACGGAUUUCCUCGAAACCCUACUCGACAUGUCUCAAGGAAAUGAGUAUGCUUUAAGUGUUAGAGAGAUUAAGCAUUUGUUUGUGGAUUUAAUUAUUGCUGGAUCAGACACAAGUGCAGCCACAUCGGAAUGGGCAAUGGUGGAAUUACUACUCCACCCCGACACAAUGGCGAAGCUGAAAGCAGAACUCAAGAGCGUUCUUGGAGGCAAGAAAAUAGUGGAAGAAACCGACAUCUCGCGACUUCCAUACUUGCAAGCCACCAUCAAAGAAUUGCUUCGAUAUCAUCCCGUCGCGCCACUGUUAUCUCCACAUGUCGCGGAGCGGGAAACUGAAGUGAAUGGAUAUAUAAUCCCUAAAGACACUAAGGUAUUUGUCAACUUUUGGGCUAUUUCUAGAGAUCCAAACAUAUGGAAGAAUCCAGAUAGUUUUGAGCCUGAGCGAUUUUUGGAUAGUGAAAUAGAUUUUCGAGGGCAACAUUAUGAGUUGAUCCCCUUCAGUUCGGGGCGGAGAAAUUGCCCUGGCAUGCCGCUAGCUAGCCGCAUGCUGCCAUGCAUGGUCGCAACAAUGUGUCAUAACUUCGACUGGGAACUUGAAAUAGGGAACGAAUCGAAACAACUCCAAAGAGAAGAUGUGUUUGGGCUAGCUCUACAAAAGAAAACCCCCCUAAGAGCUAUUCCCAUCAAGGUUUAA